AUUGCUUUUCUGUGUGCAUAUUUAUAGGCCAAACUGAAGCCUCUGCUCUCAAGGGCCAGACUAAUCAUUACCAGGAAAGUAGAAUGGGCAAGUAUCAUGUUUGCAUACGCGCAGGAGACUAGAUACAUCAUAAAGGAUCCACGCACUCCUCGGAGAAAAACUCCUGUGGGUUUAAUUCGAGAGAAAAGCAACGUCAUCCUUAGGCAGCUACUUUGGACAAGGCGACCAUUCGUUGCAGAAUUUACUGAUGCCAAGGGUAAUGAGAUAUUCACGGUUCGCCGGCCUUUUAGGUGGAUCAACAGCUCCAUUUAUGCAGAAGUGGAUGGCAAGGAGGUAGGUGUAGUCCACAGUCGUUGGCAUCUUUGGCGUAGAAAUUAUGACUUGUACUUAGGGAAUAGGCAGUUUGCUGUGGUGGAGAAUCCUGGAUUUUGGAGCUGGUCCUUUACCCUGCUUGAUGAGGAUGAUAAUUUAGUAGCCAUAAUUGACCGCAAGGUUAGGGGAGUUGGUUGGGAGUGCAUGCAGCACUUCACGAAUGCUUCCCAGUAUGAAGUUCGGUUUGGUGAUGCUGGAAAAGGCACCGAUAAAGUUUUUUGUUUCGCUAAAGAUAUCCAGAACGACCUUCGCGUGUUUCUCCCGCUGGAUUUACCCGAGAGGGCUGUGGCUCUUGCUCUUGCAGUGUCUCUGGACCAUGACUGCUUCUCCAGGAGACGAUUGGGCUGGGUUCUUCGCCUUUUAGGAGCAUGAGGGAAUUGCAGAAAACACCCACUGUCGGGGCAGAGAGGCGAUCAUCGGAUCCCAAGAUUCAGGGAACUGCCUUCUGGGUGGAACAAUGUUUUUCCAGUUAGUGUUUCCCUGCAUCUGUUGCCCUUUCAAUCAUUCUUUUUGUACAUGGCAGACGUAGAAUUGCGCCCUGCUGAUGCUUCUGGAACUGAUCUCAACGGUAUUGUGAAUGUUCUUGCUAAAGAAAAACAUGCGUGAUUAGUCGG